CGAAGCUCUGACGAGGAUCUUUAAAGUCUGUCUGAUCGAGAGAGGGGGACCGCAGCUAUGAAGGAGGUGCGAUGUGGAGUGUUUCCUCGCGAUACGAGGCUUUAAGUCGCGAACAAAAGAUUAUUGAUAUAUUACAAGAUAACGGUCAGAGGAACUGCUGUUUAGGACUGCAUGAACAAUAGUCGACAAUUACAAGAUGUCAAAUCAAACCAGACCUACACUUGACGUACAAAUCACGCGGGAUGUCGUCUGCGAACGCUUGUUGAUUUCCGUCGGUGUUUGGUUCAUUAAAAUAAGAAAACAUGCUACUUUCCUUGCAUAAAUAUGGAUAGAAUUUGCCCCGAGAACUGUUUUGAAAAUAUGGACUUUAAAAUUUGCUGCAAAUAGCAGCGUGAUCCAUCGGUAUGGAACAGGGAAAUUUAGACAAAAAUGGAGACGUUUCUGAAGAAACACAACCAGCGGAUGAAGAUGUUGCUAAGUCGACUGGCGAGCAUCACUCAACAGAGGAAGCUUCCGAGAAGAAAAAGAAGGUCGGGAGUUACAUUCUCGGGAAAACUUUGGGCGAGGGAUCGUUUGCUAAAGUUCGUCAAGGCGUCCAUCUUUUAGCACAUGAAAAGGUUGCUGUAAAAGUAGUCCCAAAGAAAGCAGUGUUGGUACGUGAGUUUGUCCGUAAAAAUGUCCGCCGAGAAGCCAUUGUUCUACAGAAACUGUCACACCCUAACAUUAUUAAGAUGUACGAGGUGAUGGAGACGGAGAACUCCUAUUACCUCGUUCUGGAGUACGCCGACUGCGGGGAGUUCAUCAAGUACCUGUCAAUCAAAAAGUGUCUCCCUGAGAUCGAAUGCCGGAAGUACGCCCGACAGAUCAUCUCCGCCGUGGACCACAUGCACGUAUCUAACAUAAUUCACAGAGAUCUCAAACUAGAAAACUUCCUGCUGGAUGCGAACAUGGACAUCAAAAUCAUUGAUUUCGGCCUGAGUAACGUGUUUUAUGGGGAGACCUCGCUGUCCACACAGUGUGGAUCCCCGGCGUACGCCGCGCCCGAGAUCCUGAACAACCAGAAGUACGGGCCGGCGGUGGACGUCUGGAGCAUAGGGGUCUGUCUGUUCGCCAUGCUUGUUGGAUCACUUCCGUUCGUUCCGCAGCCUGUGAACAACAUUGCUCAGCUUCACUCCUUAAUUCUAAAAGGAUGCGAGAUCCCAGAUACUCUAAGUGAAGAAUGUCGAGAUUUUCUACAGGCAAUGUUGACUUCAGAUCCAAGAAAGAGAAUAAAAAUGGAAGACCUUUUGCGACAUCCAUGGCUCCUUGGAGAAAAUGAAGAACCCGUUUUUCGGCAGCAGGCAGUUGCAAAUCUUCUGCCGCUUGUUCCGCAAGCCUCCGUCAUAAAUUACAUGACUAAAAUGUUUGACUUUAAGGAGAGUGAGGUAUUAAAUGCUCUUGGUGAACGGAAGGUCAAUUCGAUCGCUGCUACUUACUAUCUCCUAAAGAAAAGAUUCGAUUCUGGAUUACAUCUAGUGAAUCGGCCCCAAGGAAUGAGGAAUAUUAAUCACCGCCGGGAAUCAGCAUUUUCUGCUUUUAGUAUUGAACUGAAUAAUAGAAACACCGCUUCAUGUCCAUCUAAGGACCAGAGACAAGAACUCCCCUCGGACUCUAAACGUGUAAUUACCGGUGAAAUAAAGCACAAUAACUACCGAAGUUAUUUACAGUAUGUCAAAGUGUCGAGAGAGAGAACCAAUGCGUUUUCUAAGAACAUUUUCCUAAGGCGACAAAAGACGCGGAGUUCUCUGACAAGGACGUACAACAAAGCGGAAAAACCCGAGAAUUCCGUCCCUGAUCUCAUCAUGCCAGAAUCGGCGACAAAGCCUGACUUCAGACUAACAUAUACCCCUCUACAAGCAGAUGCUUUGUUCGAAUGGGACAAAGAAGGCUUAAUACGUAGAGAACAGCGGCGUGUCCGACCCAAAAUAGCGGAAUCCUUCCCAAAAGAAAAACAGAAAUCUCCAAACAUUCAAAACUUGCAACUUCUUCCAAUGAUGGUUACCGGUGAUAAAAAACGUGGACGCAUUAUCUUUUCCCCGCCGCCUCCUCCGAACACCUCUUUAGGCAUGCGCGACAUGCUUUCGCCCCCAGGUACGUCACAAGGGCGGCGGCAGUCACGUGAGGAAGAGUUGGAAGGUCAGACUAGCUCCCGGAUACUAGUGCCUCCAGCGACAGCACCUACCAUUAACCAAGUGUCUCUACAACUGGACACCAAUUUAUCCCAUGACAACAAUAGUGUUAAACCACAUUUCGAUAGUGAUAAACUAGAAAAGCCAGACCUUGCCUUAGUUUUAGCUGACCCGUGUUCCCAAGAAAUAUGGGGUUCUUUUCAAAAACAUAAAGCGAAGCUUAUUAAAAGCGGAGCUGUAUCUUUCAAUCGGUCAAAGACUGUGUACGCAAACCCGAUCUCAACCCAAAAAUUGUUGACUCCUAGGGAUCAGAAGGCAUUAGAAGAAGCACAAAAAAAUCAUAUAGUAGGAAAAGGACGCCUUCUUCUUGAACGCAGUUCUUCUCGAAUAAGUGUUGGUUUCACGGACUUUCAGAAACAAAACGGAUAUAUUCCAGAAUACAUUAAACCAAGCACUGCAAUAGGCGGAACAAGAAGGCACGAAUUUCCUGACGUCAUUUGUUCCGCCAAAUCCCGUGCCCGAUCAGAUAUUAUCGAGUUCGACAGAAAACCGGUUCCUAAGUUGCCUCAGAUGAACAUUGAGCCAAUCAGACAGGAGAGGGGACAGGAAAUAGAAAUCCCCGCCACGCCCCCUUCGCCAGCUGCAUACGAACGCCUUAUUGUUGAUGACGAAACGCCUAUGAUGCGCAUAAGAAUAACAAGCUCAUUAAAACAUUGAUUUCAGAAGUGUUAUUUUUAUUUUAACUAAUAUGAUCAAAAGUUUCAAUAUCAAUACAGAUAUUCUUUUUAUGAUAAUGUUUCCAAUAUCAUGUUUAUUUUGGCUUUGGAUUAUUUUAUUUGUUGCCGAUGUUUGCAAUAUAUUUUGUUGUAAUGUGAUUUAGAAACCAUGUACAAAUGUAAUGUUGAAACGAUUUGUUCAGAAAUGUAUUUAAAUAAAAAAAAACCAUGGAAAU